UCGUCCGAAGCCUGGCUCCCUCUGGCCAGGCUAGCCGCCGAGCACCGAGGCGCGGCGGGUGCCUCGAGCCCCGAGCCCCUAUGCACCGCCCCGCAGCCGCCGCCGCCGCUGCCGCCGCCGAGGAGGAGCCAUGACCCUAAGCGCUGAGAUGUCCGAUGCCUCCGGACUGGCGGAUGAGACCGACAUCGAUGUGGUGGGGGAGGGCGAGGACGAAGAGGAAGAGGAGGAGGAGGAAGAUGACGGCGGUGGCUGCGGUAGAGGCGGCGGGCCGGGACUCCGGAGGCGGCGUCGCUCUUACGCCGAAGAGGAAGACGAGGAGGACGAGGACGAGGACGAGGACGUGCUGCUCUCCCCGGGGACUGGGAGCUCCACCGCCGCCCCGGGUGCGGGCCAGGCUGCCGGCGCUGGAGCCCCGGGCGGCGGCGGCGGCGGGGGCGGGGGCGCAGGAGGCGGCGGCGGCGGCGGGGCCAAGAACCCUCUGGUGAAGCCGCCCUACUCGUACAUCGCGCUCAUCACCAUGGCCAUCCUGCAGAGCCCCAAGAAGCGCCUGACGCUGAGCGAGAUCUGCGAGUUCAUCAGCGGCCGCUUCCCCUACUACCGGGAGAAGUUCCCCGCCUGGCAGAACAGCAUCCGCCACAACCUCUCGCUCAACGACUGCUUCGUCAAGAUCCCCCGGGAGCCCGGGAACCCCGGCAAGGGCAACUACUGGACCCUGGACCCGGAGUCCGCCGACAUGUUCGACAACGGCAGCUUCCUGCGUCGGAGGAAGCGCUUCAAGCGGCAGCCGCUGCUCCCGCCCGCCGCCGCCGAGACGUUGCUGCUGCGGGGCGCGGGGGCCGCGGGGGCCGGGGGGGACCCGGCGGCCGCCGCCGCCGCCGCUGCCGCCGCCGCCGCCGCCGCCGCCGCCCUGUUCCCGCCCCCGCCCCCGCCCGCGCCGCCGCCGCCGCCGCACGCCUACGGCUAUGGCCCCUACAGCUGCGGCUACGGCCUCCAGCUGCAGCCCUACCCGCCUCCCUCGGCCCUGUUCGCCGCCUUCCACCCGCACCCCGCGGCGGCAGCCCACCACCACCCGCACCCGCACUCGCCGCCACCGCCGCCUCCCGCGCACGGGGCGGCGGCCGAGCUGGCCAGGACAGCCUUCAGCUACCCGCCGCCCCCUCUGGGCCCGGGCCUGCCGGGCUCCCUGCAGGCGGCGGCCAAGCCCGGGGCCGGCCCGGGCCUGGCGCGCUCGCCCUUCUCCAUCGAGAGCAUCAUCGGGGGCAGCCUGGGCCCCGCCGCCGCUGCCGCCGCCGCCCAGGCGGCCCAGGCCGCCGCCGCCGCCGCGUCCUCGUCGUCCUCGUCGUCGUCGUCGUCGUCGCCGCUGUCGCCCUCGCCCGCGGCCCCCGGGGGCAGCUGCGCCGCGCAGGCGGCCGUGGUGCCCGCAGCCGCGCUCACCCGCUCCCUGGUGGCCGCUGCCGCCGCCGCCGCCGCCGCCUCCUCGUCCUCGGCAGCCCUGGGGACGCUGCACCAAGGGACAGCCCUGUCCGGCGUGGAGACCUUGACCGCUAGGAUUUCGAACUGUUAAUGGUUUGUCGCUUUCUUUUCCUUUAAAAGACCAAACAAACCGAUAUGAGAAAAAAAAAAAAAGAAAGAAGGUAGGAUAUACGGGGUCCUUUUAAUUUUCCUGACUUGGUGGGGGUUUGGGGUUUGCGUUUGGUUUCCACCCCUUCCCUACACUCACCUUGACCUCCGCGGGACCCCCACCCCCACUUCCACCCCCAGCGAGACCGCGUGUUUUGGGCGGCAGACCGGGAUCUCCUCCCGGUGCCCACUAUUUAUGCAAAGCCAGACCUAUGCUGCAGCAGCAGAAACCGUGUGGAUGGAUGGAUUGAGGGUUGGUGACGGUGUCCGAGUCUGGAAAGUGGUUGCCUUCUUUUUUUUUUCUUUCGGAUUUCUUAAUUAUUAUUAAUGUUAAUAAAAUAAAUCUCUGAGCCCUUUUGUGGUUUCGAGAUUCUCAGGUCCAAGGGUUCAAAAUCAAUAAUGUACAGAAGAUUAAUAAUAAGGAAAAAUGAUAAUAGAGGUCCUGAGGGACAGCAGCAAAGCAAUACUUUUUCAUCUUAGGACACUUGUCUGGUGUACUUUUUUUACAAAAAGGAAAAAUGAUUAACAUGUUUACACGGAAGGAAAAAAGUCAAGAUUAUCGUUUCUUAUCUUAACCUGUGUUUUUGUAUCAUAAUAGACUUAUGGAAUUUUUAUUUUGUACUGAAUGCGUAUUCUUUAAAAGGAAUAUUG